ACACUAACGGAAACAUCAACGUGAAAGCGAGACGGACGCCCUCCGUCCCGUUAUAUGCUGUGUCUGUCUGUCUGUGUGUUGAGAGUUCUACGUCGCGCAAACAGCAAAAGAAAAAAACACAAAAACUUUAACACUCACACACACACACACAUACACGAGCAUACAGUAAGCUUCAGGUGCUAGAACAACAACAGCCAACGAAAAGGAGACAAACGUUUAGAUCUCAAAAACAUUAAUAUAUAUAGUUAAACAAAAUAAAAAUAUCAAAUAAAAAACAAGUGCAAGCAAAGAGAAAAGCGGCCAAUGCGGCCAAUGGAAAUGCCAAAGAAAAUGCAGCAGCUACAAAUUCGACAACAAAUGCAAAUGCGACAGCAACAGCAGAAGAAGCAGCAGCAGCAGCAACAACAUCAACUGCAAUUUCCCAACACAUAAGUCCACCGAAUUUUCCGUCUUUGUCGCGCGCGCUCACACACAUACACACACACACGGAGACACAUGCAUGUGCAUAAAUGGCAAUAUGGACGAACAGCAGCAGCAUUUGCGUUGUAUACCAACACAGUGACACGAGCGUGCCAAAUAUUGCCGAUUUUAUCACACGAACAACAACAACAACAGCAACACCAGCGGGACCAGCUAUUAACUAAAGGAGCCAUUACAACAAGAUCCAGUAAAGCAACAACAACAACAACAACGAGAGCAACGAACAUUGCUGGAAGGCGUCGCAAAAUAUCAAAAUGUCAAUACAGAAGCUUAACGACACCACCAACUCGGGCUACGUGAGUUCCGAGGAGACGGACUCGCUGCUGGUGAGCAGCUCGAAUCCGUCGAAGGGCGGCGGUCGGACGGCUCUGCUGCGCCAGGUGAAGAGUAGCUCCACAAAUGGGCCAACGACGGGGGCGUCCACCUCGUCCUCGGGAUCGGUAUCGGUGUCGGUAUCGGGCGGCGGUGGAUCCGGUUCCGGUGGCGGAUCAGCAUCGGGCUCAGCAGCCGGGGCUUCCAAGCCAACGCUAAUGCGUCAGGAUCGAACUUCCACCUAUCUGACGAGUCCGCAGCAGUCGCAGCACGCGAGGAUGGGUUCCGAGGAGAGCAUGCGAGCCGGAGCCGGCGGACACGACGAGGAUGUGGAACAGGGCCUGGUCCGCAGCAGCAUAGUGCCUGAUAUCGAAGUACACGAAGAGGACCAAGAGCAACACAGCCAGCAGGGAAAAGCAACGACGAUGGCAACGAUGACCAAUAACCAACAGCAACAGCAACCGACCAUAUCAAUUAUGAAUUUAAGCCUCAAGCCAGGCGAUAGCCACAGCCACAGCUCCAGUCCGGGCAGUCAUCCGAAUCUGGGCACCUCAUCAUAUCAGAAUCUGGCCUCGAGCAUACCGCCCAGCGUACCAAGUCGCUGCAGGGCAUGCCGCAAUUGCAGUCGACGUGCUUCCACCACGCCCACCACGCUGAUCGAUCGCUCCGCCUCCCGAGACAGUGUGAAAAGUGCCUUCCAGCAGGGCAAUCUCAGCGGCUCCAUGGCCAUUUGCAUGUCGAACUCGGCCCUGCCGCAGCAGCAGCAGCUGCAGCAACAGUAUCACCUGCAACAGCAGCACCAGCAGCACUAUCAGUUGCAGCAGCACCAUCUGCAUCAGCAGCAUCUGCAGCAGCCGCAGCAGCAGGUGCCGCCCGUGCUAAUCACAUCAUCGCCAACGAAUGGAUCACGGAUAAUACGGCAAAGCUCCCAGCCGGAAUCGAGCAGCACGGCCAUUUGCUGUGGUCCCCAUUCCGCCUGCGUCGGCCACGCCCACUCGCACUCGCACACGGUUCCAAAUGUCUCGCUGAAGCAGCUGCGCGAGAGUUCCGGCGAUGGAAUCGCGGGCAUUGCAGCCGACUCCCUGCGGAUCAACGGUGGCAUGCGGCCCUUCAAGCAGGGCGUUCUUCUAAUGCCUCGCACCUUGUCCGAAAGCCGAAAGUUGCGCCUUCGAAGGGCCUUCACCGAGGCCACUAACGAAACACUCCAAUGCUCCAAAAUGCUCCGCAAACCGGCGUCGACACUCUCAAUUCCUGGCUCGAUGAAAACACCUUCCAUUGCGAACCGGGAACAGAUCUCAUCUGGAUGCAACGAAGAAGCGGCCGAGGCACUAGUGGGUAUCCACUCAGACUACCCUAGGUAUGAAAUGUAUAUGGAAGAACGUGCUCUUACUGGCGGCAAUACGUCCAGGAAGCCAUCAACAAACUCGGCCAAACACAAACCCAAUGUGGGCUAUCGCCUGGGAAAGAGGAAAGCCCUCUUCGAGAAGCGCAAACGGAUCAGCGAUUACGCCCUGGUCAUGGGCAUGUUCGGGAUCAUCGUGAUGGUUAUCGAAAACGAACUGAGCAGUGCCGGUGUCUACACAAAGGCAUCGUUCUACUCGACAGCGUUAAAAACCUUAAUAUCUGUUUCGACUGUGAUUCUUUUAGGACUUAUAGUAGCUUACCAUGCUUUGGAAGUGCAGAAUUCAUUAUUCAUGAUAGAUAACUGCGCUGACGAUUGGAGGAUCGCAAUGACAUGGCAACGAAUUAGUCAAAUAGGGUUAGAACUUUUUAUAUGCGCUAUACAUCCAAUUCCUGGCGAAUACUAUUUCCAGUGGACGACGAAAUUGGCCAAUAAGAAUAAAACAAUUGGCACCGAAAUGGUGCCAUAUGACGUAGCUUUAUCAUUACCUAUGUUCCUUCGAUUAUAUUUAAUCUGCCGCGUAAUGCUGCUGCAUUCAAAGCUAUUCACAGAUGCAUCAUCACGGAGCAUUGGCGCUCUCAAUAGGAUUAAUUUUAACACAAGAUUCGUUUUAAAAACUCUAAUGACAAUAUGUCCGGGAACGGUUCUAUUGGUCUUCAUGGUCUCGCUGUGGAUCAUUGCAUCGUGGACGCUGCGUCAGUGCGAAAGGUUCCACGAUGAGGAGCACGCGAAUUUGCUAAACUCCAUGUGGCUAACGGCCAUCACAUUUCUGUGUGUCGGCUACGGCGACAUUGUGCCAAACACGUACUGUGGACGCGGUAUCACCCUCACCUGCGGCAUGGUGGGCGCCGGCUGUACGGCUCUACUAGUGGCCGUUGUCUCGCGGAAACUGGAGCUGACCCGUGCCGAGAAGCAUGUGCACAACUUCAUGAUGGACACGCAGUUGACCAAACGGCUGAAAAAUGCUGCGGCGAAUGUUCUGCGUGAAACUUGGCUCAUUUACAAACAUACAAGACUAGUAAAACGGGUUAAUCCCGGCCGUGUAAGAACCCACCAAAGAAAGUUCCUUCUAGCUAUAUAUGCGUUGCGAAAAGUUAAAAUGGAUCAGCGCAAACUAAUGGAUAAUGCAAACACAAUAACUGACAUGGCCAAGACACAAAACACGGUCUACGAGAUAAUAUCGGACAUGUCUAGCCGUCAGGAUGCCAUCGAAGAGCGUCUAACCAACCUAGAGGACAAAAUGCAGAGCAUACAAGAGCACAUGGAAAGCCUUCCAGACCUAUUGUCUCGAUGUCUGACCCAGCACCAGGAGCGGAUCGAGCAGCGGCGGAACUUUUUACAUCCUGACACAGCUGCAGUUGCCCCCAUUCAAGCGCCAACGCCCCAAUCGAUGUUCAAUGCAGCGCCCAUGCUGUUUCCCCAUUCUAGAAGUGUUCCCUCAUCCAAUAACGCCGCUGCUACUUACCAUUGGCCAACAAGCCCUAUUUUGCCACCUAUAUCUAGUAGAACACCACAUUUAGUGCCUGAUACUCACAUGCCAUCAAAUGGAUCUGCAGUUAAUAGCUACGCAUCUUCCAACAAAUACGGCAGCUGAAUAUCAGAAAGAGAGCGCUCCAACUCCGUGAUUAACAUCGAGAUGCUAACAAUAAGGCCGGAUCGAUUCUGGCCAAUCUCAUCCGCACCCCAAAAACCAACAUCAACAUUCACAUCAACAUCAAUGUCUACGUCAAAGUUUAAACCCGAAUUCGAAGUGGCCGAGACAGCGCUGAGGCAACGCGUGCUAUCGCCGUCGUUAUCGGAGUUUCAAUCGAACUCGCUAUCGAGACCAUCGUCACACACGCAAGAGCACAUUUUGCAACAGCUCAUUGGGCGGGAUAGGGAGAUGAUACCGAUCAUACCGAUACCAGUGAUACCGGAGGACGCCGAAUCGUUGGCAAACACCAAUACGAACAGCAACAGUUCGCCCGAUCAGCAGAAUGUGCCCAUGGCUAUAAGUACAGUACCGCCAUCGAGUUCAGCGCCCGCAUUCACAGCGACCGGAAGCGGAGGUUCGGUGGCCGGAACUAGUGGUGGCAUUGUGAAAUCGAUAACGAUGAACGAACCGAUUACGACGGGGAGCGGCAAGCCGAUUGCCUCAAAUAAGUUUACUAGGAAAAGAGAACGUGUAUGCAAUAAUAGUAGUUAAUAGUAGUAGUCAUAGUUAUAGUAAUAAUAGAGGUAAAAGUAAUAUUAGUAAUUCUACAAGUCGAAUUUCGAACUCGGCCUUUUGUAAAUAAGCCUCUUCGAGAUGAGAAAAAAGUCAAAUGUUAGCAUAUAGAUAUUAAUAUACAGAAUACACACACUAUGUAUCUAUAUCUGUAUAUGGAUAUAUAGGCCUCCCCACAAAACAUCCAAAAGAAAGCAAAAAAACAAUAAGCGAAAACCAAACAGAAUAUAUGUAUACAUAUAUAUGUCAUUGUGUAACUUUUUUUUUCUAAGUUUUAGGUUUUGGGCCAAGGCAGCCUGUACAUGCAUACUAAAAUACUUAACAUAAUAUAGCAUGUAGGGAGCGUAUGUGUGUGUAUGUGCAUGGGAGUGUGCGAAUGCGAGUGUACAGGACCAGAUUGGUAAGGGAGUUAGGUCAUAUGUAGGACAUAGAUCGUAGGGCACCAGCAUGUAGAAUCCACGUAUAUAAACGCUCAGAAACAGCAACAGAAACAGCAAUAGCAAACCCAAAAGAUCUGGCACCAAGAGUCCAUACCAGUAAAUUCGUAUAUCCCUUAAAGAACUGCAACCCCCAGCACUUCCGCUUCCGGUGCAGCCAACCAACUGCAAAACAUCCACGAACAUGGCAAAUUCUAGUGUCCGUCUGUCUCGAAUUUGUGUACAUAUAUUGUAUCCGAAGGAUGUGUGUCUGACCUGACUGUGUGUGCGAGGCAAGUGAAAGCAUAAGCAUAAGAGGAACCCAUUAAAGCCCCAACAAUUAUACACAAAACGAGCAUGACAAGGAAAAAAACAAGAACUAAAUCCCCAAAGAAGAACAAUGAAAAACUAUCUAACUGUAAAGUGCAUGUUGCGAGAUUUAGAAAACAGCAAAAACAGCGAAACCAAAAACUAAGAGAUAGCGAAAAAAAGAACCCCAAUAACCGAGGAUAAACGAAAAAUAAACACACAAGAUGUGAGUUCUUACUUAACAUCUACAUACAUACUAUGUAGAUCUGGCUUUAACUAAACUAACGAAACAAGUUUAAAGGAAACAAGUUUGUUGUUGUCUUCUUUUUCUACACAUAUAUUAAAAUAUAUAUAGUAUAUAUACAUACAUAUAUAUUUUCGUUGUUGCUGUUUUUCGCCCAUUCUUUUCUACCAAGAAUUAUGAACUCAAUUAAGAACCUGAAUAGCUUUUGAAUGAAGUUAAUGACGAAGAUACAGUAGCGUAGACUAAACUUAGUAACAAAUGAGAAGGAAGUCGCAAAACGAACUAUUUAGUAUAGUCUACAUACUAAAGUGAACAAUUUUAAUUGGAAUUUUUGUAACAUAUUAAAGUAAAUCCCAUUAAUAUACAAGCUAGCUGGCAAAUGUGUAACAACAACGGAACAAACUACAAGCUCCAGAUAGAAAAUAAUAGUAACGAACCGAAGUGAACGGAAGCGAGUUGAUAGAGCAGAAUAAUAGUGUAGACAUAAUAGCAGAAGUGGCCGAGCUACGUAAAGAUUUUCUAAAGAUUCUAAAAGGAACAUUAUAUAUACUAUAUAUAUAUACUAUAUAUAUAUAUAUAUAUAUAUAUAUAUACUUACUAUAAAGUAUUAACUGAGAGCAUCGAAGUUAUUUAAAGUAAAAAUCAAAGCAUGAAAACUAACAAUUAGGUAAUGUGCAACCUUCUAACGCUUUGUUAGGUUCCCAAGUUCCCAAAUUGAAGACAAAUGAGAUAUACAACUGAAUUCCCCGAAUAGUGCCCCCACCUUCCAGCUCCCCAAAAAUUCCACCCAUCCUCGCACAAGCUCCCCAAUUCCCCCGUCAGUGAGACAGACUCUGCAUAUUAUACAGAACCAGGGCCAGAAAGGAUCAAAAUAUCUGUAAACUGUAGAUUAUUUAGCCAUAGGAUGCAGUCCACUUUAAGCCAACUAAGAGCAUCGGAGUUUUAACACAAUGAUUUACCACAUCUCCAAGCCCCUGGCCUAUGUUUUGAUUUAUGAAAACGAAACUCCCCGCAACCAAAAAGUUUCCCAACUGUCUGAUAGGUCUUAACUUAUAUGUAUUUGUACAACUGAAGGCCCAGACAAAAAAAGAAAUGAAAAGGGAGAACAAGGAACAAGUAACAAACCAACUAAAUGAACCCUUAAACAAGUGUGUGUAUACCUAUUUAUAAUAUUGAAUAUUUAAAUUGAAAUGAACGUUCAAGACUGCUGUCAAAAUAGCUUUAUCACAAUAAAUAACAAAGAUCUACACAAGACGAUAACACACCAAACACAACAGAAAAGAACAGAAUAGAACCGAUCAGAACAAUACUAAGGAUAUCAUUAUCGAUUAUCGAAUCGGAACAGAUUAUCGAACCGGAAACACACAGCAACACACAGAUUCAGAUACGCGGUAUGGAAUGCGGCCAGCUUUAACAUUAUGUAUUCAUGCAUAUUUGGGUUUCAAUUCUACAACAACUUAAAACGAAUACGCAAAAUAAAACACCGUUAUUGAUCGAUAUACAAUUAACGAUAUACGGAGUCGAAUCAAAUCGAAUUGAAUUGAAUUGAUUAAUUGGUGCAAGAACAAAUUCCCGUUUGAACUGGUUUCCUAAGCCCAACAAAAUACCUUUUAACACGAGAUAAAAACCAAAAACUUUGAUAUGAGGGACCGAAUUUCCAAAGACAGGUCUUUAUUAUACAAAAUACCGAAGCAAAAGCAAACCAACUAACAAUGAAUUCCUAAGUAACAACAUUUAACAGUAACAAUUUAUAAUACGCAAGAUUUUAAGCCGCCUUAGAGCUGGGUUCCAAACAAAAAAAAAAAAACUAAGGCACACAUUGAAGGAUCGUAUUGCACCAUGUCCUUGGUUGACUUUCGUAGCAUUUUAGGUCCGAGUUCCACGUCCAGCUUUGUGUUAAAUUGUCCAUUUGUGUUUUUUUAAACUAGACUCACAUCGAAUCGAAUUGAAUCGAUAAAUGUUGUAUACUUUCUUUUCCUCAGCGAAUCGUAGAGCUCAAGGGGUACUUCGAGAAUCAUGCUUCAACCGUAACUCUUCUAGCCAAACCAGGUCCAAUAGAACAUAUAUACAUAUGUAUGUACAUGCAUAUGUAUGUAUAGCCCAGUCAAUGCCAAUGCUAAUGAAGAACUCGAUUCGUGUUUUCGAAAAACGUUUCGAACCGGAUUGUGACGAAGCAGCCAUUUUGGUGUAUUUACACGAUAGAAUCUAGAAAGGGUCCUUCCCCCCAAAAUAUCCCCCACACCCCAAUCCCUCGGGGUAUGCAAAAUAUAUAUGGUUACAUAUACAAUAUCUAGAUAUACAACACACAUACAUAUACUCGUAUAUACAUGUACAGACGGUCUAUGAGGUGUAUACCCAACAACCCAAAAGCCAGAAACCAAAAAACCCAAAAAAAACCAAAAAACCCACACUAAUAAGAUCAUAUUUGACUUUAUAUGUAUUAUAGUAAUGUAUUCAGUAGCUAAAUCGAAAGCCGAAGCAAAGACCAAUUUAUUAACAACAAACUAAUAAGGAAAACCCAACUGGAAAACAAUUAUUAUGUUAAUAAUAAUAUGCGAAACAAUUUUUUAUGGAGAAAAAAGAAGAGAAAACAAAAGAUGAGUAAUGAAGGUAAACUAGAAUGCAUUGCAUGAAUUAAACGAAGUGGAGAAAAACUAAUAGAAAGCAAAACUUGAAUAAAGCUAAACAAAUGUCAACUAAAACCAAACUUUAACUAAACCUACACUAAUGCUAAAACUAAAACUAAAGUAACAUUAAAUUAAACCAACUAAAAGAAAGAAGAUUUAAUUUCUAAAAGAAAUAAAGUAAGAAACUAAACGCAAAAAAAAACAGAAAAAAUUCAGUGACUAAUGAAAUAGUUUAUUUUGAAUUUACUGUAUUGUAUAGUUAAAUUUAACAAGGGAAACAAACCCCAAACAAAGUAUAUUGUUAUAUCUUAUCGAGGAACCGUGUUUUGCAAAAGCUUUAAUAUAAUAUUUAGGGUGCCUACAUUUGCUAAAUUAGUAUUUUACGAUUUAAAAACCAAGGAACAAACAAAAAAAAAAAAAUAAGAGAAAAUAAAUACAAAUACUAAAACCAACAACUACAUACACGAAAUAGUGAAAAGCUUGAUUAAAACGAACCCAAAAAGUUAGGAGCCUCGAUUUCCAAAACGAAAUACACUGAAUAUAGAGAAACCGAAAUCGAUACCAAAACAAAUUAAGAACAGCUAAAGCAAAUAUUGUAUUUGUAUUUGAGAUAUGAAUUUUAAGAAUGUUUAUUAGACUUACGAUUUGUUAUUUUGUAUACAUAUAUAUAUUAUAUGUAUUAUGUAUGUAGUAUAAACUGAUCUGAUCUGAAGACGAUUGUAAUUGUUUUUUUUUUUUUUGCUCAUUAAGCAAUUACCUCAUAAGAAUUCCCACUAUUUAUAGCCAAUUUACCAUAUUACAUAAAUCAAUUGAUGUACUGUUAAAAUGUACGACCCCCAAGAAAGCGAAAGAAAGCAACAA